CUUGAACAAGCUUUAGGAUUUGUUCUGACUAAUAACAACACUUAUUCGAGUAAAAGACUAAACAAGACAAUCGCUGUCUACCCUUUUCUCCCGAUCUCUAGCAAUAUAAACAUUAAAGCUCCUAGCGAAGCUGAUCAAUAUGCGCCUCCCAUAUGUCCCCAACCCGCCCCCCACCAGUACCCCCGAGGAGGCAGAUAUCCUCACUCGGGUGCAAACCCGACGCGGCGAAAAGGGAUUAAUACCGCUCGAUCUCGCGCUUCUGCAUUCAUUCCCAGUUGCUGAUGGAUGGAAUUCGUUCAUUGGGGCUAUCCGAACCCGUACAAGCCUCUCGCAAGUUAUCCGUGAACUGAUCAUCUGCCGUAUUGCUGUGCUUAACGGAGCCUGGUUUGAAUGGGAUUCACAUUCGCCUCUGCUAAAGGAAGGUGGAUGUAGCGCGGAGACGAUGGAUGUUGUUCGCGAUGCCGAAGUUGAUCUCCCUCAAAAAGUGCAGGACAAAGUGAUUAGCCCCAAGGAGGCAGCCGUGCUAAAGUACACCGAUGCCAUGACAAGGACAGUUAGGGUACCCGAGGAAGUAUUUCAAGAAAUAAAGGGGCUUUUCAAUGAUCGAGAGGCUGUGGAAAUAACUGCCACUGCAGCAGCUUACAAUUGUGUUAGUAGGUUUCUGGUUGCAUUGGAUGUUGGGGAAAAGAACGAAUAAUAAGAAGUGUAAGGUGGCUUGUGUGUAUAUAAACAUGAUAACAAUGGAACUAUACUAUGUAUG